CAACAUUUAUUAAAACCGUGACUACAACUUCUGAUACAAUCGAAGGCCUGAUACCAGGGAAUUAUUACAUAUUGCUGAUCACUGCUGUCGUUGGUGAAAAUAACAUCACGGGAAACAGUUCACAAAUAUCUGUGUACACAAGUCCGGCCACUAUAUCUCUGCAAGCAGCUUCUAAAAAAAAUAGCAGUACAAUGUAUGUCAGCUGGAGUCUUCCAGAAGGUAACAGGAGUUCUUAUUUGGUAGAAGUGAUCGGAGAUCCAUCUCAGAGAUUCACUGUGUAUUCUGAAUCAGCAACAAUCACUAACCUGACCAGUGGGAUCCAGUACACAGUGAGGAUCACUACAGUUGCAGGCAAUGGUCUACACGGCGGCGGCAAGGAGAUUUCUGUAUUAGUGGCCGAUAACAUCACUGCUACACUUAUUACCACCACAGCAGUCUGGCUGAAUUGGGAUCCAUAUGUUGGUGAGAAUUCAUCCUAUAACAUCUCUAUCUAUGGAGAACCAUCCAGUACCUGGACAGUGAACACUACUGAAUUGCAGAUCACUAAUCUGACAUCUGGGAAUCUGUACAGGAUCCAGGUUUCAGCAUAUGAAAAUGAUGAAUUACUGUUUGGUUAUGGUGGUGAGAUCAGUCUGUACACACGUCCAGGUAUUGUGAGGAAUGUCCAGGUUAGCGAUGUGUCCAUCAACUCAAUGAAUCUAAGCUGGUUCCCUCCUGAAAGCAAUUACAGCCAGUAUUUCAUUGAAGUGACAGGAGAUGUGAACAUGAAUGACACAACAAUAUCCCAGUCACUGGCAGUCACUGGUCUGACACCUGGAAACCAAUAUACAGUUACCAUUAGGACAGUGACUGGAACAGAUGUAUUUGGAGAUCCUACAGUAUUGAGAGCUACAACCAGGCCUGACAUAGUAAAGAAUCUGACCAUAGUGAAUACCACCGCUACCUCAGUGUGUCUCAGCUGGCUGCCACCAGAAGGAUAUGCAAGUUCCUAUAUAAUAGAAGUCCUGGAUAAUGCUACAAUCAAUACAAAUGUCACUACUAAUUUAGUCACCAUAGAAAAUCUGACCCCAGGAAAAUAUUACACAUUCAGGGUUUUUGCUCUGGCUGGACAAAAUGCUGUAAAAGGGGAUGGCUACAAUAUCACUGCAAAUACAAUGCCUGACUUAGUGAAGAUUUUGACCAUAGUGACUGUCACCACUACAUCAGUGUCUCUCAGCUGGCUGCCACCAGAAGGAUAUACAAGUUCUUAUAUGAUUGAAGUCCUGGAGAAUUCUACAUUAAAUAUGAAUGUUACUUCAACCUCAGUCACCAUAGAAAAUCUGAUUUCUGGGAACUUUUACACUUUCAUGAUCUCUGCUCUUACUGAUGAUAAUAAAAUAAAGGGUGAAAGUAACAGCAUAUCAGUUUAUGCAAAGCCGGAAGUAGUGCAAAACCUGAUGACAGGUAUAAUCACCACCACCUCUAUAUCUUUGAGCUGGGAGAAACCAGAAGGAAAUACAAGUUUUUAUGAAAUCCAGAUUGUGGGAGAACCAACAUUUAUUAAAACCGUGACUACAACUUCUGAUACAAUCGAAGGCCUGAUACCUGGGAAUUAUUACAUAUUGCUGGUCACUGCUGUCGUUGGUGAAAAUAACAUCACAGGAAACAGUUCACAAAUAUCCGUGUACACAAAACCCGAAGCAGUCAAGAACCUGUCUGCAGUUAAUAUCACUACCACUUCUUUCUCUCUAAAUUGGCUUCCUCCAGAGGGAGGUGUAAGUGCUUAUCAAAUCCUAAUAAAUGAACGUUUGAUUUCUACGCUGAAUACAAAUUAUACAGUUGAAGGUUUAACUCCUGGAAAUGUGUACACAGUUGUGGUAUCAACUCUGGUUAGUGAUAUACAAGGAGAAGGCUCAAAAAUAGAAGUUACAACAAAACCCGAAGCAGUCAAGAACCUGUCUGCAGUUAAUAUCACUACCACUUCUUUCUCUCUAAAUUGGCUUCCACCAGAAGGAGGUGUCAGUGCUUAUCAAAUCCUAAUAAAUGGACGUUUGAUUUCUACGCUGAAUACAAAUUAUACAGUUGAAGGUUUAUCUCCUGGAAAUGUGUACACAGUUGUGGUAUCAACUCUGGUUAGUGAUAUGCAAGGAGAAGACUCGAAAACAGAAGUUACAACAAAAUCCGGAGCAGUCAAGAACCUGUCUGCAGUUAAUAUCACUACAACUUCUUUCUCUCUAAAUUGGCUUCCUCCAGAGGGUGGUGUCAGUACUUAUCAAAUCCUAAUAAAUGGACGUUUAAUUUCUACGCUGAAUACAAAUUAUACAGUUGAAGGUUUACCUCCUGGAAAUGUGUACACAAUUGUGGUAUCAACUCUGAUUGGUGAUAUACAAGGAGAUGGCUCGAAAACAGAAGUUACAACAAAACCCGGAGCAGUCAAGAACCUGUCUGCAGUUCAUAUCACUACCACCUCUUUCUCUCUAAAUUGGCUUCCUCCAGAGGGAGGUGUAAGUGCUUAUCAAAUCCUAUUAAAUGGACGUUUGAUUUCUACACUGAAUACAAAUUAUACAUUUGAAGGUUUAUCUCCUGGAAAUGUGUACACAGUUGUGGUAUCAACUCUGGUUAGUGAUAUACAAGGAGAAGGCUCGAAAACAGAAGUUACAACAAAACCCGGAGCAGUCAAGAGCCUGUCUGCAGUUAAUAUCACUACAACUUCUUUCUCUCUAAAUUGGCUUCCUCCAGAGGGAGGAGUCAGUACUUAUCAAAUCCUAAUAAAUGGACGUUUAAUUUCUACGCUGAAUACAAAUUAUACAGUUGAAGGUUUAUCUCCUGGAAAUGUGUACACAAUUAUGGUAUCAACUCUGAUUGGUGAUAUUCAAGGAGAAGGCUCAAAAACAGAAGUUACAACAAAACCCGGAGCAGUCAAGAACCUGUCUGCAGUUAAUAUCACUACCACCUCUUUCUCUCUAAAUUGGCUUCCUCCUGAGGGAGGUGUAAGUGCUUAUCAAAUCCUAAUAAAUGGACGUUUGAUUUCUACACUGAAUACAAAUUAUACAGUUGAAGGUUUAUCUCCUGGAAAUGUGUACACAGUUGUGGUAUCAACUCUGGUUAGUGAUAUACAAGGAGAAGGCUCGAAAACAGAAGUUACAACAAAACCCGGAGCAGUCAAGAGCCUGUCUGCAGUUAAUAUCACUACAACUUCUUUCUCUCUAAAUUGGCUUCCUCCAGAGGGAGGAGUCAGUACUUAUCAAAUCCUAAUAAAUGGACGUUUCAUUUCUACGCUGAAUACAAAUUAUACAGUUGAAGGUUUAUCUCCUGGAAAUGUGUACACAAUUAUGGUAUCAACUCUGAUUGGUGAUAUUCAAGGAGAAGGCUCAAAAACAGAAGUUACAACAAAACCCGGAGCAGUCAAGAACCUGUCUGCAGUUAAUAUCACUACCACUUCUUUCUCUCUAAAUUGGCUUCCUCCAGAGGGAGGUGUAAAUGCUUAUCAAAUCCUAUUAAAUGGACGUUUGAUUUCUACGCUGAAUACAAAUUAUACAGUUGAAGGUUUAUCUCCUGGAAAUGUGUACACAGUUGUGGUAUCAACUCUGAUUGGUGAUAUACAAGGAGAAGGCUCGAAAACAGAAGUUACAACAAAACCCGGAGCAGUCAAGAACCUGUCUGCAGUUAAUAUCACUACCACCUCUUUCUCUCUAAAUUGGCUUCCUCCAGAGGGAGGUGUAAGUGCUUAUCAAAUCCUAAUAAAUGGACGUUUGAUUUCUACACUGAAUACAAAUUUUACAGUUGAAGGUUUAUCUCCUGGAAAUGUGCACACAGUUGUGGUAUCAACUCUGGUUAGUGAUAUACAAGGAGAAGACUCGAAAACAGAAGUUACAACAAAACCCGGAGCAGUCAAGAACCUGUCUGCAGUUAAUAUCACUACCACUUCUUUCUCUCUAAAUUGGCUUCCUCCAGAGGGAGGUGUAAGUGCUUAUCAAAUCCUAUUAAAUGGACGUUUGAUUUCUACGCUGAAUACAAAUUAUACAGUUGAAGGUUUAUCUCCUGGGAAUGUGUACACAAUUGUGGUAUCAACUCUGAUUGGUUAUAUACAAGGAGAAGGCUCGAAAACAGAAGUUACAACAAAACCCGGAGCAGUCAAGAACCUGUCUGCAGUUAAUAUCACUACCACCUCUUUCUCUCUAAAUUGGCUUCCUCCAGAGGGAGGUGUAAGUGCUUAUCAAAUCCUAAUAAAUGGACGUUUGAUUUCUACACUGAAUACAAAUUAUACAGUUGAAGGUUUAUCUCCUGGAAAUGUGUACACAGUUGUGGUAUCAACUCUGGUUAGUGAUAUGCAAGGAGAAGACUCGAAAACAGAAGUUACAACAAAACCCGGAGCAGUCAAGAACCUGUCUGCAGUUAAUAUCACUACCACCUCUUUCUCUCUAAAUUGGCUUCCUCCAGAGGGAGGUGUAAGUGCUUAUCAAAUCCUAAUAAAUGGACGUUUGAUUUCUACACUGAAUACAAAUUAUACAUUUGAAGGUUUAUCUCCUGGAAAUGUGUACACAGUUGUGGUAUCAACUCUGGUUAGUGAUAUACAAGGAGAAGACUCGAAAACAGAAGUUACAACAAAACCCGGAGCAGUCAAGAACCUGUCUGCAGUUAAUAUCACUACCAUUUCUUUCUCUCUAAAUUGGCUUCCUCCAGAGGGAGGUGUAAGUGCUUAUCAAAUCCUCAUAAAUGGAAGUUUGAUUUCUACACUGAAUACAAAUUAUACAAUUGAAGGUUUAUCUCCUGGAAAUGUGUACACAGUUGUGGUAUCAACUCUGAUUGGUGAUAUACAAGGAGAAGGCUCAAAAACAGAAGUUUCAACAAAACCCGGAGCAGUCAAGAACCUGUCUGCAGUUAAUAUCACUACCACUUCUUUCUCUCUAAAUUGGCUUCCUCCAGAGGGAGGUGUCAGUACUUAUCAAAUCCUAAUAAAUGGACGUUUAAUUUCUACGCUGAAUACAAAUUAUACAGUUGAAGAUUUAUCUCCUGGAAAUGUGUACACAGUUGUGGUAUCAACUCUGAUUGGUGAUAUACAAGGAGAAGGCUCGAAAACAGAAGUUACAACAAAUGCCAACAGCCUGUUCCUUUCACUUACCAUUUCAUCAAGUGAUCCUAAUAACAGAAUUUUAAUUAUAAAUAAGAUAAAUGAUUUUCUGAAGAAACAAUUCCCCAACAAGAAUGUGACAGCUGUCUGGAAACAGAGCAAAAUAAUGACAUAGUAGGUAUUUAAAUCACUGGACACUGUUUUCAGUCAAACUGGCAAAAAAAAAAAAAAAAACUUUAAUACAAUUUUAUACCAAAGUAUUACAAAACAGAUGGACCUUUUAUGUGAAGUCAGCAAAAAAAGAAGAUAGUUCUGAAAUGUAUAGCAUACCCUGUGUCAUGUUAUGGCAGUGUUUGUAUGUUACAGUAAUUAUUUGCCAACAUGUCU